AUGACAUCUCGCAAGGACAACCUCGUCGUCGAGGAUGAGGACGACGACUAUGAUAAGAUCCCUCUUCAACACCAACGCCCGUUUGGAGCUGGACUGCAUAAAAAACCGAUAGCAUUCGUCUCGGCAUCAGGCACAGGCCAACUCAAAUCGGUCGACGACUCCGCAGCAGGCAGGCCGCAACAAAACGUAGCCGAUAUCUAUCUCAGCCUGGUCCUCUCCGAGGACACCACCCGACCCAAAUCAGCGCCGCCCACAAGCAGCAGCAAAGCCUUAGACGACAAACCACCACCCCAAACCGAAACAUGCCCCGUCUGCAAACUCCCCCUCCAAACCGACACCGACACGGGCACCACCCACGCGCAGUCCUUCGCGCACCAGGUCUGCCUCCCCCACUCCCAAACCCCCUCCGCCCUCGACCGCACCCGCAUGGGCCUGGCCUACCUCUCCACGUACGGGUGGGAUCCCGACGCGCGCAGGGGGCUCGGCGCGGAGCAGCAGGGGAUCAAGUUCCCCAUCAAAGCCAAGGUCAAGGAUGACAAGCUCGGCAUCGGCAUCCAGGUGCCCAAGGGCCUGCCGCCGCCGCCGCCCAAGAAGAAGGCGCAGCUGCUGGAUGCGAAGAAGGUGAGGAAGAUGGCUGAGGAGGAGAGGAAAAAGGGGGCGAGGAUCAGGCAGGAGCUGUUUGGGGACGGGAAGCUGGAGAAAUAUCUUGGUGGGGGCGCUGCUGGAUGA